GAGAAAGCACAGACCAUUCUUUCAUCCUCGACGCGGUCGGACGGGCUGUGGUACUCAUCUUUGAAUGUAGCAGUGUCAUGACUUUUCCACCGUGAGAAUACUUAUUAAAACUCCUGUGGUGCCCGUGUCCGUGAAGAUUUUUCCAUCUUCCGUAAAUAAAAAGAAAAAUGAAAAUCAGAAGCGGGGUAGCAGCGUUGUUUGCCACAAGAGGUAAUGAAACGCCACUUGAAAAAAACAUGCAGCUGCCUCUCCUGGAUCUAUCCUUUCUGAAUUUGCUGCCUGACAAGACAUCAACUGGACCCGGCGCAGAUGAUGAACCAGCCGAGCUUGAUUUCCCUCCCGAUCUUGUUUCAGCCUGGGACCACGCAUUCAAAACGUACGGUUUCGCAUAUGUGAAAAUUCCGGAAUCACUGACCGCUUUGUACAGGAGACUCGCCAGGAGAACAGCCGAGCCUGCAUCUGGAGAAGGGGACGGCGGCUUAGAUGAGUGUCAGGACGAGACCUCCGAGGCAGCCGAGCGCGACGCAGCCGAAGAAAAAAAUGUUGGCGCCAGAACGGAUCUUUUCUUUUCACCCCUGGACGAGUUUUUUCUCGGCUGUUCAAAUGAGGAGAAAAUGCAGUAUUGCCUGGGGAAGGGGUACGGGCUGGGUGGAUACGUGCCUCGUGGCGUGGAAACCGUAGCAAAAAGUAGCGUACUGGCAGAAGGUGACACUGGAAGUGGUGUUGGUGGAAAAAAACGAGUCCUGAGACCAGACCCCGUUGAAACGUUGUGUCUGAACGCGUGGAAGGAAGAAUUUGAUGCGGGCGAGAUGGGGCUGGUUGAUGUUGAGCGCAAAAACAUUGCAGCAGGCGAAAGUCCGCCACUUCUAGCAGCACACGGAGCGGGUUCGUUUGCUCUGUACCCACCCUCGGAAAGAACCAUUCCGAUCUCCCCGUUUCCGCGCGAGCAGACGGGCUACAGAAGUGAUGAACUCCUGGACUUGACCCGCAGCCUCUGGCGGCAGCUGGAUUCGCUUUUGCAGAAGGUCAUGGAACUGUCUGCGACCGCGUUGCAGCUGCGCGGAGAGGCGCGGGAGAGCUUUCUAGAGGGCUUCCGGGAAGGCAAGGCGAGCAAUGUGCUGCGGUAUGCGAGGUAUUUUGAUGAAGACGUGCACCAGGAACAGGGAGGGGAAGAUGGAUCUGGUGCACAAGAAGGACCUCACCAAUCGCCACCGGCAGUAGACGAGAGGCUUCUCUAUGGUCCCCACACGGACUACACAGGCUUUACCUUUCUGUGGCGAUCAGGCGAGAACGGAUUGCAGUGCUUGGGAUCCGAGCGGAGUAGCAGAAGUUCUAAAAGCGGAGAUGAGCAGCAAACGCAAUUGGGCUGCUCAUCUUGUUCUCCUGCUGCAGCAUCGACUACAGCACUUUUGCAGAGAAAUAAAGGAUUAUCCUGGGUCGAUGUUCACAACAAUCUCGGAGAUGACGUUAUUGUGGUCAACGCGGGAGAUUUGUUGCAGCGAUGGACCAACGAUUAUUGGCUAAGCAACUUGCACCGGGUGACAGGACCGAGGGGAACGCGACAACGUGGUGGGAGUGCGCCACAAGUCGGUGGAGAGCGUGGCGCAUCCGACGCUCAUCGGGGGGAGCAUUCAGUGUUAUACAGCAUCGUGUUUUUCACGGGGCCGCACGAUGACACCGUGAUGAGACCUCUGAGGAGCUCGGAAUUGAUACGGGCUUUCAGUGACGAGAAUGGAAUAGAUGAGAACAAAUACCCUGUGACCACGAGUGGAGCCCACCUGCUCGAGAAAAUUUUGAAGUCGAAUCAAUGAUAGAGACAAAAGUUACGUAAUAGCCUUGGCGAUAUCUCCAGGAGAAUUUUCCUGAUAUCACCAAGCAUACAGCGAGGCAUCCUACUGUUACUUAGUGUCGUGCAGAACAUAUAUUGGCAGUCCGAGAUGGAAAUAAUACCAAAAACAUGUCGAGGUAUCUCCAGAAACGAAUUUGAGUCGCUUUGUUGAAUGAAUUGUUGCCUAGGAAGACGCUGAAACGAAAUUUGAAUGAUUCUGUUUUUGGUGGAAUUCAAUGGCAGAACGAGGGCAGCAGGUGGUGCAAGCUCGCCGGACAAAUGAGUAGCCG